GCAAUGUUUCUAUCUCCUGAUGAGCUGAAGAUUAAGGAACUUGUUAAUGUGCUGAGGGAGAAGAAAAUUGGUGUUGUCGCGCACUUUUAUAUGGAUCCAGAGGUCCAAGGCAUCUUAACUGCUGCUCGGAAGCAGUGGCCUCACAUCCACAUAUCUGAUUCAUUAGUAAUGGCAGAUACAGCUGUCAAGAUGGCGGAAGCUGGAUGCCAAUAUAUCACUGUACUUGGUGUGGACUUUAUGUCAGAAAAUGUUCGUGCAAUACUUGAUCAAGCUGGUUUUGAGGAGGUUGGUGUAUACAGGAUGUCAAACGAACAGAUUGGUUGCUCUCUAGCAGAUGCUGCAGCAAGUCCAACAUAUAUGGGUUUUCUCGAGUCAGCCUCAAAAUCUCCCCCUUCCUUGCAUGUGAUCUACAUAAAUACUUCCUUAGAGACAAAAGCACAAGGACAUGAACUUGUGCCCACUAUCACUUGUACAUCUUCUAAUGUUGUGCCAACCAUAUUGCAGGCAUUUGCUCAAAUACCAGAUUUAGAUGUCUGGUAUGGUCCUGAUUCCUACAUGGGUGCGAAUAUCGCAGAGUUAUUUCGCCAAAUGGUUAGCAUGUUAGAUGAAGAGAUCGCAGAGAUACAUCCAGAACAUAAUAGAAACUCCAUAAAAUCACUAUUGCCUCGUCUGCAUUAUUAUCAGGAUGGUAACUGUAUUGUCCACGACAUGUUUGGGCAUGAAGUGGUGGAGAGGAUAAAAGAACUCUAUUGUGAUGCAUUCCUAACGGCCCACUUUGAAGUUCCUGGGGAAAUGUUCUCUUUGGCAAUGGAAGCAAAGAGGAGAGGAAUGGGAGUGGUGGGUUCUACCCAGAAUAUAUUAGAUUUCAUUAAAAAUCGGGUGCAGGAAGCUUUGGACAGGAACCGUGAUGAUCACCUUCAGUUUGUGUUAGGAACAGAGUCAGGAAUGGUGACUUCCAUUGUGGCUGCAGUUCGUGGAUUAAUGGGUUCCAGUGAGUCCUCUUCUGGAAGGGCAAAAGUUAAAGUUGAGAUUGUGUUCCCAGUUUCAUCAGAUUCAGUGUCAAAGACCUCAGUGAAUGGAUCCCAUGGGCUGGAUUCUGUUACAGCAAAUGAUCUUGCUAAACUGGUUGUUGUUCCUGGUGCAGCAGCUGGUGAGGGAUGCUCCAUUCAUGGUGGUUGUGCUUCUUGUCCCUAUAUGAAGAUGAACUCCCUUAGGUCGCUAUUGAGAAUUUGCCACCAACUUCCUGACAAAGACAGUACUCUACGGGCCUAUGAAGCAAGCAGAUUCAAUGCAACAACGCCCCUUGGGAAAUCAGUUGCUGAGGUUGGGUGUGAGCCAAUUCUGCACAUGAGGCACUUCCAGGCAACAAAAAAAUUGCCAGAAAAACUUGUCCAUCAGGUUCUCAAACAAUCAAGUGACGGAUCAGCAGUAUCGGGAAGGUUGGAUCUUAUGAUCUGAGUUUGGCUGAAAUGCCUUAGUCCCACCCAAGUCACAAUAAAGAUAACCAUCCUUGAGCAAUGCUACUUGAAAACACAAUGCUGGUGUUGUAUGAAACAAGCCAACUUGUGUUACUUGGCUUUGCUUGUCAGUUUUAAAUUUUGAGCAAUGCCACAGGAAAUGCUAUAGGAAAUGCUUAAUUUGUUGUACAAUAACAGUUCACCUGUGUUGUUUGGCUUCUCCUAAUUUUGGUUCUCAAUUUUGUUUGGCCUUUCAGUAGUUGUAACAUUAUUUAUAGUUCUGAACUGUGGAGGAAUAAGAUCAUAAGUUGUGAAAUGUUUUCAUA